AUUUACCCUAAUUUACAUUUUUACCGUUUCAUCUUUUUUUCUUGUGUAGUUGUGUUCCUGUCAAGUGUCACGAGUCUAUGAAUUUCUCAAUUUCACUCUUCUGUGAGUUCUGUCACAGUUUUCCGGUCAAUCUCUCCCUCACAGUUCUGCUUCGCGCUCUUUCCAUGGCGGAUACCCCCACGCCGAACCCCAAGCGUUGCUGCGGCGUCUCUCAGGAUCCAUCCAAGCUCCAUUUCAAUUCCCAUCUCGAUCUCGAUCGGGUCGAUUCAUUGCUGCAUUCCUUCUUAGGCCUCUCCAAUUCUGCUCUCGACCUCUCAUUCGAUCGCCUCCUCGACUCCAGCCUUUGCGCUUCCGACCAGUGUGACGCCGUUGACGGUGCGCUCCGGUUGGGAUCUGCCCUUCUCGAGGCCGGCAAGAGAGCUUCCAGGGGGCUCGCCGCCAGCCACAACGCAUCCGUUUGGCCUCUUCCAUCUGACAUCACGAUCAAGAUAUUUUCUCUGCUUGGUACAAGGAGUGUGUGCUAUGCAUCAGCUACAUGCUCUUUCUUUCACAAGUGUGCAGCAGAUCCGGCUUGCUAUGCCGAUAUUGACUUGGUCACCCCGGUUCCUAGGGUAAAUAACCUUAUUGUGGCAACCAUGAUUCAGCGUGCUGGAAAAGCAUUCCGGUCUCUCAAGCUUGGAAUUGUACCUAGCCCCAUGACUGGUGCAUCCCGAUCAGCCCAACCGCUGGUUUUUCCUAGACUGGGAAAAGAGGCAUCUACUCUUACAAGAUCAUGCUUGGCCCCCUUGAGUUCCAAUGAUGGCACGAUAGGGUCUUCUCUAAGAAGGUUGCACCUAUGCAAUAUUGAACGUCUGGAUGAUUCAUCACUUAAUGCGGCAUUAUCGGUUUGUUCAUCUCUGCGUGAUCUUGAAGUAGUUGGGCUUAAUGUCGACUUAAGCCAAACUAUUGGAUCAAUAAGCAAAUCAUGUCCUCUGAUUGAACGACUAUUCUUUGAAUCUUCAAAAGCAGGUAGAGAUUGCAGUUUUAAAUUGCAAUCUUGCAGUGACUUGGUGAAUAAUUGUCCCAAUAUAUCUUCAUUGGCACUUAGAGGGUACAAAUUGCAUGACUCCAAAGUUCGUGUACUUUUUAAGGGAUUUCAUAAGCUUAAGUAUGUUGACUUUUCAACAUCCUAUUCUGUCACCGGCUCAUUUCUUAAAAACCUUGGUGGUGGUGCAAGCAGGAAUGUACUUGAGGUCUUAAUUUUGAGAGACUGCAUGCAUUUGAAAGAAGUGGAAAUAGCGAGGUUCUUCUCAACUGUUCUUGCAGGGGAUUUCAAGCAUCUGAAACACAUUGACAUAUCUAAUCGGGAAGGUCUGGCGUCAGAAGUUGAUUGGUAUGAAAGAAACUGCAGCCAAAGUUUUAUUCCAUUUCAGCAAUUGAUGGAGGCAAGACCUGGCUUGUGCCUGUUGGCUGAGUUUCCACAUGAAUGUGAGCUUAAGAAUAGCAGCAGUGAGAGCAGUUUUAGUAAUUCAAGCAAUUAUUCAAGUGACGCACUGGGAUUAUCGAGUUCAACUGAGUGGAGUUAUACCAGUGAAGGAAGUUCUGAUGAGGUGGACUUUGCCGGAGACGCUCUUUUUUAAGCAGCAGAUUCUAACACCCUCUGAUUAAAACACUAAAAUUUGUACUCUGUCUCUCGUCUUUGCAUUUUAUCACUGAUGAAAAUAAAGCCGAAACCAUUUGUGCGUUAUUCUUUAGGGAAGACAUGUCAUAAGAAAAUGCGACAUAAACACAUUAUUUGGUAAUUGUGAUAUGUAGUCUAUUGAAUGCGGGGAAGUUGGGU